UGGCUGCGGGCCGCCGGGAUAGCUGCCGCCAGCAAAUUAAGGCGCAGGGCUGUGAGCGCCCGGGCGCACUGUCCUCCGCGCCGCGCCGUGCUCCGCACGCCUGCACUCGCGCUCCUUGGCGUCCGCUCCCUCGCAGCGGCGCUCCACCGGUCGCCACCUUCCUGCAGCUUGGGCUGCUCCGGCUGUUCCCAGCGCGUGGAGGGAGGAAGGACGCAGAGGAGGUGCGGCAAGACCCCUGGGCUUUGCGCGUCCGAUGCUCGUCUCCACCUUCCGGCGGCGCAGCCCGUGUUCCUGCGGAGCGCCCCAGUGUUCGAGCACCCGGUUGAGCCCGCUGCUGGUCCCCUCCUGUCCUCUCCGGCUGGUUCGAAGUCUCUGGGGCUGGAGGGCUUUGCGGUGAGGGACAGAGGCCAGUGUGGAGCUCUUGGGAGGUUGGGGCUGACUCAUCUGGAGUUCCCGACUCCGCUGAGAUUGCACUUGGAAACUUUGCGCUGUGUGUCGGUUUUUGUCUCCCUUGGGGAAGCUGGACGGCAGUUCGGCAGGCCCAGUCCGUGGCCAGGACCGCGCGCUGGGGGCCAUGGAGUUCACGGCGUCGCCCAAGCCACAGCUGUCCUCCCGGGCCAACGCCUUCUCCAUCGCCGCGCUCAUGUCGAGCGGCGGCUCCAAAGAGAAGGAGGCCACUGAGAACACCAUCAAACCUCUGGAACAAUUUGUUGAGAAGUCAUCGUGUGCCCAGCCCCUGGGCGAACUGACCAGCCUGGAUGCUCACGGGGAGUUUGGUGGUGGGGGCAGCAGCAGCAGCCCAUCCUCCUCCUCUCUGUGCACUGAGCCGCUGAUCCCCACCACCCCCAUCAUCCCCAGUGAGGAGAUGGCCAAAAUUGCCUGCAGCCUGGAGACCAAGGAGCUCUGGGACAAAUUCCACGAGCUGGGGACAGAGAUGAUCAUCACCAAGUCGGGCAGGAGGAUGUUUCCCACCAUCCGAGUGUCAUUUUCGGGCGUGGAUCCUGAGGCCAAGUACAUAGUCCUGAUGGACAUCGUCCCCGUGGACAACAAGAGGUACCGCUACGCCUACCACCGGUCCUCCUGGCUGGUGGCUGGCAAGGCAGACCCGCCGCUGCCAGCCAGGCUGUAUGUGCACCCAGACUCUCCUUUCACUGGCGAGCAGCUACUCAAGCAGAUGGUGUCUUUUGAAAAGGUGAAACUCACCAACAAUGAACUGGAUCAGCAUGGCCAUAUAAUUUUGAACUCAAUGCACAAGUACCAGCCGCGGGUGCACAUCAUUAAGAAGAAAGACCACACAGCCUCAUUGCUCAAUCUGAAGUCUGAAGAAUUCAGAACAUUCAUCUUCCCAGAGACCGUUUUCACAGCAGUCACUGCCUACCAGAAUCAACUGAUAACCAAGCUGAAAAUAGAUAGCAACCCUUUUGCCAAAGGAUUCCGGGACUCCUCCAGGCUCACUGACAUUGAGAGGGAAAGUGUGGAGAGCCUGAUCCAGAAGCAUUCCUAUGCCCGCUCACCCAUCCGUACCUACGGAGGAGAAGAGGAUGUGCUGGGGGAUGAGGUUCAGACAACACAGAAUCGAGGGUCAGCCUUUACAACGUCUGAUAAUUUGUCUCUCAGCUCCUGGGUAUCAUCUUCAUCCAGUUUUCCUGGAUUUCAGCACCCCCAGUCCCUGACUGCUCUUGGCACCAGCACAGCAUCCAUAGCAACACCCAUUCCUCACCCUAUACAAGGUUCAUUGCCGCCCUAUAGCCGGCUUGGGAUGCCUCUGACACCAUCAGCUAUUGCCAGCUCUAUGCAGGGGAGUGGCCCGACAUUCCCCUCAUUCCACAUGCCCCGGUACCAUCACUACUUUCAGCAGGGGCCCUACGCUGCUAUCCAAGGACUGCGCCAUUCCUCUGCUGUGAUGACACCAUUUGUAUGACUCAUGUAAACCUAGGAGAAUUCAGAUCCAGAAUGUGCAAAUGGGUAUGGAAAGAUGGGACAGGGUUGGGUGGGUGGGAUGUGGGGUGUUAAAGCAGGAGCUCUCCAGGAGACAUGGGACCUAUUAAAGAGGAGAGCUGAUCUCACAAUAAAACCUACCGCUGAGGGAGUGCACCACAGACCAGGAGUCAGGUGUAGUUUGGGGACAGCUCUUGGGCUUGAGAGAGAAUCAGCAUAAAGUUCUUAGCCAGCCUGACUCCUGCAACCAAUAGUAUACUAACCCAGGAAAUUUAAUAACACAAGGCAGAUGAAUCUUACGGUGCAUUAUACCUAGCGGUUAAAAAUGCUGUGUCAAUGCAGUAAUGUAUAAAAUCAAUGUGUAGAGGUUUUCCUUCUGCUUUCCACAGGUUAAAAGAAUUUUCAAAGAGGCAAUAUAUAUAACAUACCAACCGUAAUGCAUAAUGACUAACUUAAGUCCAUUUCUCCCUGUAGAAAAUGAGAGCCCAUAGAGGAAUAUUUGUAGUGCCGUAGCUUAAGCAUGUUUAGUUUUCCUUCAUAUUAGUUGGCUGGGGAAGGGGCUGAGAUAAUGCUGAAGCAUCCUAUUUUGUGGAUGAAUAGGCGGUAAUGAAUUUACAAAGUUCUUUUUGUAAUACUGAGGGGCCAGUACCUGACAAGCGUUUUUCCAGUCUUGUCUUUCUUCCUAAUUCUCUUUCUUGCAAUUACUUGCCAUUUAUGUAGGAAAAAUCUUCUAUAUACAGUUCUGAAGCAAGAGGCUCUAUGUGUUACAUUUUACAAUGUAAAAACUGAGGUUUUAUUUUUCUGGUCUCCAUCCUAAGUGCACUACUGACUUCUAAAGCCUCUACGUGAUGACCCGUGAGACUUUCUCUCAGUCUGCAAUAACAGGACGGUUGCCGUUCUGAAGGGAAUUCUCUGCCAUGGGUACCAAAGGCCCCUUCAUUUUUACUUCAGCUUUGGGAGACCUUUUGGAUGGCAAAAUGCACUGGGCCAAAUUCUCAUUUUUGGUAAAUCUGCUUUGUUAAUUAGAUUAACUGUUACCACUGACUGACAGGGAUUUGUCAGUGACCCUUCUGAAUGCCCAUAUAGCCACCAUUUAACCUAUGCUUACAAGGAAUUAUGUGUCCAUAUAUCUGGUUUGUCCUACUUUCUUACUGUUCCAUUCAGUGACUCUUUUACCAUUUUUCUAGUCCAUUAUAUGAAAUCGCUCAACAACCCCUUGACUUAAACACUGGCAGCACUCGUAAAUCAAUCUAAAGCUUUUAUCCUCUUUUUUUUUUGCAUUCUUAAUGUCUUCUUAAGCCUUCCUUUAGUGUUUAGUAAUUAAUUAUAUUUUAACUAUAUAUAAUCACUAUAUUUGGGGAGCAACAUAUAUCUAAGCAUUUACAGUCAGGGUAGUAUAUUUGGCAUUUUGCAACAGUUUGUUUACCUAACAACAGAAAUUUAGUAAAGUUUAUAGUCCUUCAACUUUAGUUAUAAUGCAUUCUAGCUAUGAGAUAUAACCUGUUUUCUUUAUAAUGUUCCCUAAAACUCUAUUUAACAUAAUUUGAAUUUUGUAUCUACUUUCUUCUGACUGUAAAAGUAUUGAAUCUGUUAAAAUCGAUGGGAAAUAUCACUGCUGAGAGUAGAGGUGGGAGUAAAUGCAAUAUACUUACCACAUCAGACUGCAUGGGAUUUUAUUUGGUUGUUCUAUUAGGCUUUUCCAUAUCAAAUGCUUUUCUGGGGCAUUUCUAUUCUAUGAGACAAGGCGUAAUGGUGUAGCCUAUCUAUGUGAUGCCAUUAUUGUUGGACUUUGCAAUUGUUUUUCUCCACCGUGUCCCGUAGUUACAGAGAAGCAUGGGCUGUGCUAACCAAGCAUCUCAAAGUCCUACAGCAGACACUGUAGGCUAAUUUCUAACUUCUUGCAUGUUACGCUAUAGUACCCACAGGUAGUUUGUUUUCAGACACAGAAUAAAUAAUGCAUUUCUUUUAAAAAGCAGCUAUGAGUAAUGUUUAAAUAUCCUUAGAGCUUAGGACAGGGAUUUGACACUUAAUAGCUGGCCUGUCGCCAGUGCUCCUUUUAAUACACAGUACUGCCACUUGUGGCAGGAAUAACAAAACUAGAUGCUGUUUAACAUGAUGCUACAUGAUACUCUGGUAAAUUACUGGUCUGCUAAAAUGAAUCUGUAUCUGAAAUUUCUUUUCGGUGAGAAUGAAAGGAUCAUUUUAAUACUAUUUAGACAUUUUUCCCAAUGACGUGUCUUAAAGUAGGUUUGUAUGUUUUUGUUAAAUACGGUUUUACCCCAGUAUUUGCGGACUUCAUAGCUUGAUUUUGUAAUUAAGCAAUAUAAGGCUAAAAAUAAGUAGAGUGCUUAGAGAAAAGCAAAGACUAAGAUACCAAAGCAUGCUCUUCAGAAAUAAUAUCUGAAAUUCUAAAUUGGAUAUAUUCUUGAAGUAUCUGGCAUUAUUUGAACCAGAAAUAAAAAGCACAAGGUACACGGAGCUUAACCUGAUCAAAGUUACCCUAGCCAUGAGAACCAAGGGUAGAAAUUUAUUCCAACCUGGAUCUUUCUAGGCUUUUCUGGUUGUUGAUUCUUAAUUCUUUGGGUGUUUUAAGAUUUUAAAGUCAAAAGUCUACCCUACCAAAAGUAAUUGCAAGAACUAGAUAGUGGGAAAGCCAAUUGAGUCGUUAAGAGCAUGAGUUACAGUUUAUUUGGAAUAAAUUCAGGGCUUCCCCCCAAGGUAUAUUCCAGUAUCAAAAUGCAUGGCUAGCGUGCAGUGCUGCUAAAAGAGGCCCUUCCAGAACUGGUUUAUCUUACCUGAAGGGAUUGAUUCAUAUCUUAGUAGGUUCUGCAGAGCUGAUUUGUUUUUAAAACAUUUAUCAAUAAUGCUAAGUUCAGUUAUUUCUUUUACUGCUUUUUCAAAUCUUCCCCUCCUCUGUCCACUCUCAACAAUAUAUAGUAAAGUAUUUCCAUCUUGUGUCUAAUAUGUCACAAAUUAUUAGAUUAUAAGUCUAUAUUAAUGAAUUUAGGUUAAACUGCUGGUCCUUUUGAGUUGAUGACAAAAGUUUGUUGUUAUUCCUAGUAUAGGGGCAUGAAAUGGGAGGUAUUAAAAGAAUACUAAGAAAAACCCUGUAUAGAGCUAUACUACAGGAGUCACGUUAACUUCUGGGAUAUUCCAGGCUCUCCCCUCCCUCACUCUCAUCCACAUCUCUGUUAUUACACUUCUCCAGCCACAACAUCCCCAACACCCUGUGCAAAAAAAGAAAAAGGACGCCUUCCAAAAGCCCAAGAAAAAAGUAUUUUUAGAAGAAAAGUAUCCCCAUUCCCAUACUGCCUAUGAAUUUUUUUAGAGAGAUGUUAAGAUAUUUAACCCAUUUCUAAAUUUCAUGUUAGCUUUUCAGGCUGUCUUGCUAAUAUUUAAGCUGAAUUAUAUUGACAAAAAUGAGCUUUAGAAUGACUUUAUCACCCCAUUAAAUAUGCAGUCAAGCUCAGCCAUGACUCAGCAACUAAAGUUCAAAAAAUUCAGUUAUGUAAUGUGCCAGGGUCACAUAUUGCAAGAAAAACAAUAUUUUUACUCAGUCUUCCAUUGAGUAAGUAAGGAAACUAUUUACAUUAUUAAACAUGUAUGGAACUGAUAAUUAUUACAAACAAAACAGUAUUAUACCCAAAUCUAGACUAGAAAGAAAGAAAGCACUGGACAGAAAAGAUUUUCAGCUGGCUCCUUUAGACAGCUUGAGUGGAGGAAUGGAUUUUACAUGUUUUUAUAUUAUUUCACAAUGCAAGGAUUUUACGUAAACAAGCAAAGGGAAGGAUACAAAUUCUUAAAUCUUUAGAAAACCAUAAAAUAAUUUCUUCACUAAUAUUCCAUGCCAGUUAUAAAAUAUUCUAAUAUUUAUCUUCCUUCAGCAUGCUUAAAUAUGCAAGGUUCAUUUAUAAAUAUUUGAUAGGCAAAUAAUCCAUAAUAUUUUCUGGCCCUUCUUUCUCUGUUCCUUCCUCAAUUCUAAUCCCCUCCCCUGAUAAUAAAUAAAAACAUUGGUAAAAUAACACAUCUGGACAAAAAAUACAAUUUGUUGUAUUUUACUUUUGAUACAUUAAAAUGUAUAUUCAGUUUUUUCCUUAUUUUCAAAAACCAAAAAGAACGUUUUUUAUUUCCUAAAGGAUAACAUUGGAUAUAGCCUCUUUAGUAGACUCUAUCACAGUUCUAUCGUUUGCUGUGUUCAUUUGCUUAAUGAAUUGCGUGAGAACAGUCACUGUAAUGAAGUGUGUGUGUUGGGGGUGGGGGGAAGGGCAUGGGAAAUGUUUUAUGAAAAAAGAAGUUAUAAGCCUAAUACUAUGAAGUAACAUCUAAUGAAGUUCUUUUUAAGUGCAAUAUAUUUAUUUCUGCUAGAAAUGUAUUAUCAACAUUAUGUAAUAUUUGAAGCAUUACAUGUUAUUUGUAAACAGCUUAAAAUUAUAUAUUACCCAAAAUUGUACAGAAGUACAAAUGUGUGGAUAUUAAUUUCUUUCAUUAAAAAUGGUGUGUUUUGAUAUUUAUGCA